AACUAAAAAAAGAAAAAAGAAAAAGGAAGAAACAGGCCUUUCUGCUCUCCCUCUGAAUACAACACCCCUAGCUCACCUGUAUUGGAAGCUUCUGUGGGCAUAGGAUGGCAAGCAAACAUCAGGACUUCCAAAGUAGCUAAAGAGAUGCAUAAAGGAUAUCAUUUUCCAAAGCAAAAAUCCACACACCAGGUACAAUAGGCAGUCUGAGAUGCAAAUGAUGUGUAAUGCCAGGGUUCUAGCAAGUGACCCCUGCUCACUCCACAUCAAUGUCCAAAUGUCUAAAGUGAAAAUUCUGGACCCCCUCCCCACCCAAGAAGCUUGCCCUUCAUGGAUAAUGCUCUGAAUGUUGCCAAUCCCCGGGACCCUGCCACAGAACCAUCCCACUCACUGACUAGAUAUAGGCUGACCCUUUUGGGGCUUUUUUUUAACCCCCAGAAGCCUACACUGGCCCAGAUUUCUCAAACCUGACCCAAGACAGUAAGCUUCCACAUCUCCCCAAAGCUAAUUCUUUUCUUUCUGCCAGUGACCACCUUAAAAUGAUACUUGGAUUAUGCAAUCACUGCCCAUCACUUAGAGAAAAAAGCCCCUGACUUUUUCCUCCUCUCCCUUCCUGACUUGUCAGCCACUCUCAGAAGACUGGAUGCCCCACCACCUCCUCUACCUGGCUGAAGCCUGACCCAUCUCUAAGCUUGGCCUGCCCCUUGGAACAUGCAUCUGCCUGCCCUGGACCCUUAGCCACCUAGCCAGGCAAACAAUGCAUCUCUGAGUACUGUCUGCCCUCCCAUCCCCAUAAACACCCCUGCUCACUGAAGCAACAGCAGCUCAUCUGCCUAGUUGUCUAGCCCAAGGACUCCAGCUCCUGAUCCCAAACACAAGAGUUGCUUUGGUCCACCAGGUUUGGAACCACCACUGGCUUGAGAUACCACAGAUUCCAAGAAGCUCUAUGGAGUUUUCUUCACACCCCUAAGAAGUUGCAGGAAAACUGGUCCUAGUGAAAGAAGGACCAAUGCAGGGUCAGUUCCCAUGACCCGGUAAGAGAAACGGGCACGUGACUGGUACUCUGGCUGGACCUGAGCCACCUCCUUUUGGGCCUGACUUAUAACAGGGAAGCCAUAGCAAGAAAGAGGAGCAGGGAGGGUUACCACAAUCCUGGGUCCUGGCUUUGUUCCAGUGGGCGGGGAGGAAGAGGGUGCUCCUUCCAGGUUGGCCUGGCUUCCAGGAUUCCAGGGGCCCCAUUUCCCUCAGCACAGUCCCCACUCCCCAGUCCCCACUCCCGGCAGCCUAGCUUUAUGACUUCAUUUGCUGAAGUCACCUGGCGACAAUGCUGAGCGUUCUACCCCUCCAAGUCCAGGCCCAGCCCAACCAGACAACUCCCCACAGUGCAAAUGAGGACAAUGCCUGCUGGCCCGUGUGGGGAGGGGAUGUAGAGGGCAGCGGCACCGGCCGCUCCUGGCACCAUGGACGAUGCCGCGGUCCUAAGGAAGAAGGGUUACAUCGUGGGAAUCAAUCUAGGCAAGGGCUCCUAUGCAAAAGUCAAAUCUGCCUACUCUGAGCGCCUUAAGUUUAAUGUGGCAGUCAAGAUUAUCGACCGCAAGAAAACACCCACUGACUUUGUGGAGAGAUUCCUUCCUCGAGAGAUGGACAUCCUGGCAACUGUCAACCACCGCUCCAUCAUCAAGACAUACGAGAUCUUUGAGACCUCUGAUGGGCGCAUCUACAUUGUCAUGGAGCUUGGGGUCCAGGGUGACCUGCUCGAGUUCAUCAAGUGCCGAGGGGCCCUGCAUGAGGAUGUAGCACGUAAAAUGUUCCGCCAGCUCUCCUCAGCUGUCAAGUACUGCCAUGACUUAGAUGUUGUCCACAGAGACCUCAAGUGCGAGAACCUUCUCCUUGACAAGGACUUCAACAUCAAGCUGUCUGACUUCGGCUUCUCCAAGCGCUGCCUGCGAGACGGGAGCGGGCGCAUCGUCCUCAGCAAGACCUUCUGUGGGUCGGCUGCAUAUGCAGCCCCCGAGGUGCUGCAGGGAAUCCCCUACCAGCCCAAGGUGUAUGACAUCUGGAGCCUGGGCGUGAUCCUCUACAUCAUGGUCUGUGGCUCCAUGCCCUACGAUGAUUCUGACAUCAAAAAGAUGCUGCGCAUCCAGAAGGAGCACCGUGUGGACUUCCCUCGCUCCAAGAAUCUGACAAGCGAAUGCAAGGACCUCAUCUACCGUAUCCUGCAGCCAGAUGUCAACCGACGGCUGCACAUUGACGAGAUUCUCAGCCACUCGUGGCUGCAGCCCCCCAAGCCCAAAGCCAUGUCUUCUGCCUCCUUCAAGAGGGAGGGGGAGGGCAAGUACCGGGCUGAGUGUAAACUGGAUACCCGGCCAGGUGCAAGGCCUGAGCACCGGCCUGACCACAAGUUGGGGGCCAAAACCCAACACCGACUGCUGGUGGUGCCUGAAAAUGAGGACAGGAUGGAGGAAAGGCUGGCUGAGACCUCCAGAGCUAAAGACCAUCACAUCGCCGGAGCUGAGGUUGGGAAGGCAAGCACCUAAUGGUGGAGAGGGCCCUGGGGGGCGUAGCGUGUAGUUUGCGCUCACAUAAACUAAGUAGGCAGGUAGGAGCUGAAGAAGGCACAGGUGCAAGGAACAAGUAAAAUCCGUCAAUUAAACCACUAUUUUGAUUACGUUCUAUUAGCUUUCUUCCACUUAGUUGCAAAGACAUUAAUUACUGACCACCAAAUAAACCACAAAGUGUAUACAAGCA